GAAACAUGUGUUCACUGUUCAACAGGAACUUGAAGCCUCAGUCUCCAAUUUUAGGAGCAGGCCACUCAAUCCAGCUGGAUCCCCAAAGGCUGACACACCCCGAGUGCGGACCCUUCCUGGAGGCAGAGGACACGGCCGCUGCCUUUUGAUGAUCCAUCUGGGGGUCUCCAAGGCUGCAGCUGCAGAGGCUGAAGGUCCGUGGCACCUCUGAGGCUCCCACCUGUACCUCGUCUGGACCUGAGAAUCACCUGGAGUCCUGGGCCCCCCACCCAGACCAGUUCCAUCAGUCUCUGGGCCGGGGGCCCAGGUGGCAGGAAGUUGGGAGCUCGCCAUGUGAUUCCAAGAACCAACCAGCCCUGUGGGGAGGGGCCAAACGCCCCCCAACACCUGCCCCUUGCUGAGGGCAUUUAAGGCCAGCCAGCGGACUGGAGACCACGGUUCCCUGCCAGAUCUCUUUGGAACUGUCCUACCUACAGGCGGUUUACUUCUUCCAGUCAACAUGCCGAUUUUAGAAGCUCCCGAAGAGAGGCUGAGAAAAUUUAAGUAUCGUGGCAAAGAUGCAUCGGUGAGGCGGCAGCAGAGGCUAGCGGUCAGCCUGGAGCUCCGGAAGGCCAAGAAGGAUGAGCAGGCCCUCAAGAGAAGAAACAUCACCACUGCCUCUGACCCUUUUGUACAGCAGACCAAAGGGGCCAAACUCACCCUGCAAGAAAUAAUCCAUGGUGUGAAUGCCUCAGAUCCAGAACAGUGUUUCCAGGCCACCCAGGCAGCCAGGAAAAUGCUGUCCCAGGAGAGGAAUCCUCCUCUGAAGCUGAUGGUGGAAGCAGGGCUCAUUCCCAGACUGGUGCAGUUGCUAAGGUCCUCCCUGCACCCCUGCCUGCAGUUUGAGGCCGCCUGGGCUCUGACCAACAUUGCCUCGGGGGCUUCGGAGCUGACUCGCGCUGUCGUGGAGGGGGGCGCCAUCCAGCCCUUGGUGGAGCUGCUGGCUUCCUCGCAUAUGAGCGUGUGUGAACAGGCAGUGUGGGCCCUUGGUAAUAUUGCAGGUGAUGGCGCAGAAUUCAGAGACAUCGUUAUCUCCAGCAAUGCCAUCCCACAUCUGCUGGCCCUGGCUUCCUCAAAUGUACCAACCCCCUCUCUCCGCACGGUGGGGAACAUUGUCACCGGAACGGACCCCCAGACCCAGCUGGCCAUUGACGCGGGCCUCCUGAGCGUGCUGCCUCAUCUGCUGCUGCACCCCAGGUCCUCCAUCCAGAAGGAGGCAGCCUGGGCCCUGAGCAACGUGGCCGCCGGGCCCCACCAGCACAUCCAGCAGCUGAUUGCUUGUGGCGCGCUGCCUCCCUUGGUGGCUCUGCUGAAAAACGGAGAAUUUAAAGUGCAGAAGGAGGCAGUGUGGACGGUGGCUAACUUUACAACUGGGGGCACUGUGGACCAGUUGGUCCAGCUUGUCCAGGCUGGAGUCUUGGAGCCCCUAAUAAAUCUUCUCGACAUCCAAGACACCAAAAUGGUUAUCAUCAUCCUUGACGUCAUCUUUUUUAUCCUGCAGGCAGCAGAAAAGAUUUCUCAGAAGGAAAACAUGUGCCUCCUGAUUGAAGGACUCGGCGGGAUUGAUAAGAUUGAGGCUUUGCAACUGCACGAGAACCGGCAGGUUGCCCUGACAGCUCUAAGCAUUAUUGAGCGAUACUUCAGUGAGGAAGAAGACGCUGGCACAUUAUCAGCCCUGCUCCAAGACCAUGAAUGCUUAACGCCCUUAACAAAAACCUAACCAUGCUGCAGAAUCCCAAAGCCAAAGAGGAUCCUCUUUAAGAACCCCUUUCCCUUGGUGUACCACGGGUAUAAGGCUUUUAAAACUGAAUGUUAAUAAAAUGUUCCACAUUUUCACCUUCA